AUGGCACAAGCAUGUACACUGGCAUAUUUCGACAAGGAUGCUGAGACGAAGGUUGCCUCGGAUGAAAGCCCUGUUGGCUUAGGUGCGGUUCUUCUCCAGAGACAGGAAGGAGGAUGGACUCCAGUAAGCCAUGCAAGUCGAAGUUUGAGCGACUGCGAACGCAGAUACUCCCAGACAGAAAAGGAGGCUCUUGGUAUAGUAUGGGCAACAAACCAUGACCAUGAAGCUGAGGAGUACGUCAGAUUCGUAGCGGUGAGCGCAACCCCCACAGCACUUACAACCCGAGAGAUAGAAAGAGCAUCAGACAGAGACGAGGAACUUGAAGAGGUAAGGCGAGCAAUAGAGACUGGCCGCUUUGAUAAUUGCAAGCAGUAUAUGCCAGUGGCAGGGGAGCUAUACGUGAUUGGCAAACUUGUGCUUAGAGGGACUAGAAUCAUUAUUUCAAAGGAACUGAGAGCACAAACCAAACUGGGGACCAAACAGAACUUGAAAACCAAAGUAUGGUGGCCAGGCAUAGAUAAGGCAGCAGAAAGAUAUUGUCGCUCCUGUUAUGAAUGUCAACUAGUAUCAAAGCAUGGUCCUCCAGAACCUCUACAGCCUACAAAAUUGCCUGACUGGCCAUGGCAAGAUUUGGCUAUUGACUCGAAGGGGCCACUCCCCUCAGGACAUUCCUUACUAGUUGUGGUUGGUUAUUAUAGCCGGUAUUAUGAAGUUGAAGUCAUGAAAUCAACUACUACUGAUAAGAUCAUUGAUAUUCUUGAGACGAUUUUAAGCAGGCAUGGACUACCCUUAACCAUUAAGUCAGAUAAUGGGCCCCAGUUUAAGUCGGAAGAGUUCAAGAAUUACUGUGAGAAAAACGGAAUCUCCAGGUGCAAAGUAGUUCCAAAGUGGGCUCAAAAGAAUGUUGGAGUGGAGCGCUACAACAGGUCGUUGGCAAAGAGACUCCAGAUUGCGCAAGCUGCGAAGAAAACAUGA